CAAAGCAGCUCUUAAAUAUUGCAGGAGCUUCUCUCAAUGCUUCUGCCUGGAUCGGGCUGUAUCGUGAUGAAACACAGAACUGGCAGUGGUCUAACAGCGAUGAUGUCAUCUAUAACAACUGGACAGCAAGCCUCUUCUGUGCUUCAGUCAAUUCAAAGGGAAAGUGGAUUGAUUUACCCUGCCACCUUCAGAACGCUUUCAUGUGCUACAAUGAGACCAGCAAGAUCACUGAGAGAUACACCCUGAUUGAAGUUCUGAAAACCUGGACUGAAGCUCAGCAGUACUGUAGAGAAAACCACACCGACCUCGUCAGUAUAAAGAACGCCAGUGAAAAUGAAAACCUAGUGAAGAAAGCACAGGGCAAGCCCUUCUGGAUAGGCCUGUUCAAUGAGCCCUGGAAGUGGUCACACCAGGGGGAUAACUACACAUUUCACAACUGGAGCAAUAAACAACCAAACAAUGUUGGUAACAAACAGAAAUGUGUGGCGAUGAAGAAUAGUGGUGAAUGGAAUGACCUUAAUUGCAACGCGCAGUACCCUUUCUUCUGCUGUGAGGGCGGCUCCUCUGGUCAGUGUUUCUAUGAAGGAGCUGAGAAGACAUGGCAGGCAGCUCAGAGCUACUGCAGAAACCAAAGCAGACACCUGCCCACCAUACAAGACCAGGACGGGGUUAAUACGCUUAGAGGUCUUAUACCUACAACUAAUAACACCCAUUUCUGGAUCGGGCUGCAUCAUGACGAAGAGAACUGGCAUUGGUCCAAUGGAGAUGACGUCAUCUACUCCAACUGGGAUCCAUACCUCUUCUGUGCUUCAGUCAAUUCUGAUGGAGAGUGGGAGGAUUCACUCUGCAGUGAGAAGAAAGCUUUCAUGUGCUACAAUGAGACCAGCACCAUCACUAAGAGAUACACCCUGAUUAAAGAACUGAAAACCUGGACUGAAGCUCAGCAGUACUGUAGAAAAUACCACACCGACCUCGUCAGUAUAAAGAACGCCAGUGAAAAUGCAGACCUAGUGAAGAAAGCGCAGGGCACGCCCUUCUGGAUAGGCCUGUUCAAUGAGCCCUGGAAGUGGUCACACCAGGGGGAUAGCUACACAUUUCACAACUGGAACACUGGGGAACCAAACAAUGUGGGAGGCAAUGAGAACUGUGUGGAGAUGAAGAAGAGUGGUGAAUGGAAUGACUGUGGCUGCAACUCUCAGUUCCCUUUCUUCUGCUAUGAUGAUCCCAAAACCACAAGCCCCCCUUCCACUCCGGUCUCUCAAGAUGCAGAACCCUCGAGCCCCCCUUCCACUCCGGUCUCUCAAGGUAUGGAGUGUAAUCAGUUCAGUGUGAUUCAUAACCCACAGCAGGAAAUGCAGAACCCUCGAGCCCCCCUUCCACUCCGGUCUCUCAAGGUAUGGAAUGCAGAACCCUCGAGCCCCCCUUCCACUCCGGUCUCUCAAGAUGCAGAACCCUCGAGCCCCCCUUCCACUCCGGUCUCUCAAGAUGCAGAACCCUCGAGCCCCCCUUCCACUCCGGUCUCUCAAGAUGCAGAAUCCUCGAGCCCCCCUUCCACUCCAGUCUCUCAAGGCACUCCAGUCCCUGUGGAUCUCCACCUGAUCUCUGACAGUAUGGUCUGGCCGGAGGCUUGGCAGUACUGCAAGGAUCACUACACUGACCUAGUGAGCCUCACAAGCCUGGCUGCACAGAACAGAGUGUUGGAGCUCGUCAGGAACAGCACUGCGUCGCGAUUCUGGAUCGGCCUGCACAGAUGCAUUGUGUAUGAUAACUGGUACUGGGUUGCUGGUAAGGAUAAUAAGGGGCUCCUAAACUACACUAACUGGGCCCCUGGGGAGCCCAACAAUCCUUACUAUGAGCACUGUGGGGAGAUGGUGCUGAGGAAGGAUGGGGGGUCUGAGUGGAAUGAUCUGUGCUGUUAUGAAAAGCUCCCCUUUAUCUGUUUCAAAGAUCAACAACACUCCUAAAAUGGUGUAGAGCAGUGGUUCUAAAUCUAUCUCCAUUUGGGACUCCCUUUAAAGUCACUUUAGUCUGAAAAAAUUCCUAAUAAAUGAUAGAACUAUUUCAAUCUGAAUUAUACUGUGUAAGAAUAAAGGAAAUCGAAGUCUUGUAUGUGACAGAGUUUGCAAUGCCAUGUCUGCUCUCUAUAAAGAGUUGCUGCAAUGCACUGCAGCCAUUGCGGAUGGUAGGUCAGCUUGUGAUGUGGUCGCUUGAAACCUUCCUGUGAACCCCCAGGGGUCCCAACCCCCAGUCUGAGAACCACUGUCUCCACAGAACCUAGAGCUUUACUAUAGGAGUAAUACACCAAAAUACUAUAGAAGAAAAUGCUAUGUAGCAAUCUUUAAUGAUAUACAUUAUUCUGAUAUUUCAUUGUGCUUGUUUAAUAUCCUAUUGUGUGUGUUCUGUGUGAUUCUCUGUUGUUUCAAAUAAGAGCAUCAUCUGCCGUGCUUACUAACUAUUCCAGUAAAAUGCCUCCUGAAAAGACUCCUCAAGGCUGAUUGUAAUGAAGCGAGAUGGGGAAGCAUAAUAGUGUUGCACAGUCUUCAGUGCACAGUGCUUCUCCUAAAGGCCUCAGUACACAGUGCAACGCUAACAUGCUUCCCCACCUCACUUCCUCACAGUCAGCCUUGAGGAGUCUUUUCAGAAGCUGCUUCACUUGUUUUUUUAGUUCAGGAUCCUCAGCUGUUUAAAAUGCAGCGUGUAGAUAAACAGCUGCAUCCUGGUACCUUUGCUGUAGGUCACUUGGUCUGAUUGAGGACGCAGCAGCAGCUUGGUUUAAAUCAUUAGUAUCUAUAACGUUGACUAUGAAAUAUCUACUUUCCAAAUUGAAGUAUAAAACCCAAGCAAAACAAAGGGGCCAGUGAUAAUAUUGCUGGGGUUAGUAAGCUUUAAGAAAAUGGAUUUUAACCCCUGGUUAGCAGUCCUUUAAUACAGGAUACAUUGAUAAGGGGAGAAGCACAGCUGGGGGAAAUGGGGUAACUUCAUAUUUUUAUUUUUCCUACUUUUUAAGCUUGUUUCUAUUAAAAAUGAAAAUGUUUUAAAUACUUAAGUAGUUUUUCUGUAUUUUAAGAAAGUGUGUCUGUAGUCAGGCCUGUGUGAUGUCAUCAGCACUAGUAUCACAAACACUCCACUUGGAAAAGAAAAGAAACUCUUUUCUGUCCCUUGUUUGCACUCCUGUGUUGCUUCCCUGAGCUGCAGCAGAGCGGUCGUUCAUACCCCCCUGCUGCUGCAGGUAGUCUCAGCAGCGUGCCUGUUUAGUGCACACCAGAGUGACACAAAGAGAGACCAGAAAGCUUCAAGGAGGGAGGAAGCUUGUGUGCCUGCAGACUGGACUACCUUCCUCUGGGGAAUGCAAACAAACUGGACAGCCAACAGGGCCUGGUUUCCGAUGAAGCAGAUUGCAGCUCAUGCUAAUCUGAUGAGGAAUGUAGUAAAGAGACACACUGUAAUUCUAUUUUAAUAUGAGGAUACAACUUUAACCAAACUAAACAGAACAUAUGUAAUAGAUUGAGUAAGUCCUGUCUCACUGGGGAUAUUCUACAUUUCUGAGUGUAUUUGCCUUUAUAAAAUU